AAUUUCAGGUAACGCACAACUUUAGCGCCAUAAAAACCACUACUACUUUUUUCAAAAAAGAGACAGGAGUUGCUCGUUGCUGAGGUUCAACUAGCAUAUCUGGGCGUGGAGCCAGCUGCCACUGUGAGGAAACACUGAAGUUCAGCAGCUUUUCAGUUGAUCAGAUCCUCGGAAAAUAAUGGCUGUCAUCUUACCGAGAGACAAGUAUUUUGGCGUCUGGUUGAUCUUCUUCAUGCUCGGUUUGGGGACGCUGCUGCCCUGGAACUUCUUCAUGACUGCUACCAUGUACUUUACGAGUCGUCUAAAAGACUCCUCAUUGGUUGAUUCUUCAGCCAAUCAGACAGAAGCAUCAAGUGAACGUCGAAGUCUUCUAGAGGCUAAAUUCAACAAUGUGAUGACGCUGUGUUCCAUGCUGCCACUGCUUCUCUGCACCUGCCUCAACUCCUUCCUGCACUCACUUAUUCCUCAGCGUCUGCGUGUGAUGGGGUCUCUACUCAUCAUCAUGUUUGUCUUCAUCGCCACCGCUCUCCUUGUUAAACUUCCUUUGGAGCCACUGCCCUUUUUCUCUGUUACCAUGGUGAAGAUCAUCGUCAUCAACUCAUUCGGAGCGGUGCUUCAAGGGAGUCUGUUCGGGAUGGCUGCACUGCUGCCGGCUUCCUAUACAACUCCAAUCAUGAGCGGCCAAGGACUCGCUGGAACCUUUGCAGCCUUUGCAAUGAUUUGUGCCAUUGCAAGUGGCGCAAAGCUUGAAGAUGCAGCAUUUGGUUAUUUCAUCACAGCCUGUUUUGUUGUUUUUCUAUCUGUCCUCUCAUACAUUCUGCUGCCUAAACUGAGUUUUUUUCAGUUUUAUCAGGAGAGAGACAGGACCCAGGAACCAGAGGAGGAGAACUCAGUAAAUCUUAUGAACAGAGGUAAAGCUGCUGACCAGGACAUGAAACAGAACAUCUCCAUGAUAAACAUCUUUAAGAAGAUCUGGCAGCUUGCUCUGUUGGUGUGUUUCACCUUCACCGUCACCAUCGGAACCUUUCCUGCCAUCACUGUUGACACCAAAUCCACUAUUGCCGACGGAGGCUCUUGGGAACAGUUUUUUAUCCCAGUCAGCUGUUUCCUGCUCUUUAACAUGUGUGACUGGGCUGGGCGCAGCUUAACAGCAGUCUGGAUGUGGCCGAGGAAGGACAGCGUAGUUCUUCCAGUUUCCAUUGUGUGUCGUCUCAUCUUCAUCCCUCUUUUCAUGCUGUGCAACGUUCAGCCUCGUCUUCACCUGCCCAUCUUCUUCCAUCACGAUGGCUGGUUCAUAAUCUUCAUGAUCUUCUUUGCGUUCAGUAAUGGAUACCUAGCCAGCCUCUGCAUGUGCUAUGGUCCAAAAAAUGUUCUACCUCAUGAAGCAGAAACAGCUGGGUCCAUCAUGGCUUUCUUUCUCUCACUGGGUUUGGCCUUAGGUGCUGCUCUCUCCUUUCUCCUAAGAGCACUGGUUUAACUUGAAACCAGUUACUUCUUACUGGAUUACCAUAAAACCACCAGUUUACCACUGGAUUAACUCAGAGGAACAGCAACCGUUUUUUUGGGGUCUGACUGAGCAAAUCUUUUCAUUCAAACAUUAGUAUUUCCAUCUUCAUAUGAAAAACAACCAACAAAGUUUAAGAACAGAUUUGAAAUAGAACAAGUUCAACGCUAGUUUCACACUCCUCAUCAGACCAAAGUUAACAGGGUGAAGGUGGAGCUACAGGAACUUCUUUGGGAACCUGAUCUUUCACAAUAAAGUUCUGUCCCGGGAAAGACUGAAAUGAGGCUGUGAUGGGAGGGGAUGGAUAUCUCUUUCUUUUCUUUGUCACAUUCUCUCAAUUUUUCCUUCUUUAGAUUAAAGAAGAUUUAGAUUAUUAAAGAUUAAAAAUUCUCAUGAAAUUAAAAAAGUAAAGAGGAAAAAUUGAAAAACCAGUGUGGUUUACAUUUUGUGGGUUAGGGUCGGAGGGUUAGGUUUGGAACGUAAUCCCAUAGAUCUCCUCGUGUUGUGCAACGAUUUAGGUUGUAGGUUGGAUAGAGAGCUAAGGCCAGGCAUCUCAGUCAAUAUACCCCAAGGCAUAUAAACUAGAGCUGCAACGAUUAGUCGCCGUAAUCGACAAUGUUGAUUAUGAAAAAUCGUCGGCGCGGAUUUCUAUCGUCAACGCAACGUAUAUUAUAAAAAGAUUCAGAGCUACCGGUCUUUUUCAUCCAGCAUUGCAAUAAUGUCUGCACUGUAGAGCAGAUAUCAUCCUGCCGGGAAUGCACAGGCUCAAUUGGUCGAUUUGUACGCCUUGGGAUGGCUUAACUCAGGCAGAAGGCAGUUAUGCAGUUGGUCACUACUAUAAAGACAACCAAAGCUGCGACGUUUGAAAUAGAAGUGCCCCGUCAGGUUUUAAAUCACAACCGUCUGUUUAAGCUUCACGUCCAUGUCUGGACGGGCCACCUUCUGGGUCCAGAUCCAGGCCGAGGCUUUCCAGUUAGGGGCAAAGGGUUAGGGUUAGGGGCAAAAGGUCCAGCAGGGGAGCAUUGCCUUCUGGCUCUGCUCUCUUUUUCUUGCAACGGUGCAGUAAAGCGAGUGCAAUACCGCCCCGCUGGUCCGAUUCUCCGGCCAAACUCACACUCCAUCUUACCCUAACUCGUGAACAAGACCCCAAGGUACUCCAUUGGUUUCCUGCUGAGAGCCAUGGCCUCGGAUUUAGAGGUGCUGAUCCACAUCUCAACCGCUUCACGCUCUGCUGCGCACCGUUCCAGUGAGAGUUGGAGGUCACAGACAGAAGAUGCCAUCAGUGGAGGAAAUCCCAGCCAGCAUUGAGUUAACUCAACACAGAGGCCGUUGGGUGGAGCCAAACCCAGGAGCAUUUCAAUGUAAGGCAGGAGUGUCCAAACUUUCUUUCUCGAGGUCCACAUACAGAAAAAUACAUAAAGGACUGGGCCACUAAUCCUCUAAUAUUGGAAUAUUGCAAUCAAAUGCAGGUAAAUUAUGUUUGAUAAUUGAACAUGUUUGAUGAAAAAAAGCCUCCAUCAUAGCUCUCCAUUAGUAGAUUUUCAUUUUAUUUUUUACAAAAAGGUUGGCAGGUCAUUCUCUCAGUGAGUGAGAUUGGUUCUUAGGGUGCUGAUCCCUCUUCAUUACAGGAUAUUUUUAGCUUAUUACACAAAUUAUUGGGAUUGUUAACACAGCAAAUAACGUUUGCUUAAAAAUUGUCAUAAACUUUAAUUAACUGAAUUUAUUAAGUAAUUGGGCUUAUGACAAAUGACCACUGCGUAUAUUUUUAACUCCCCUGUAAUGGACUGACUGUUGCGCUCAGUGGAAGCAGUGAUGCUGCGCUUUGGUCCAAAGGAAAGCUGGCAGGUCAGGAGUAAGUUUGGUGGUUGAGAUGCGGAGAACGUCACGGAGAAGCUGUCGGUCAUUGUGCUUCUCGGUCUGCUUUUGUUCAAUCUCGGAAGCGCUGACAGAAUUCUUUCAUGAGAGAUGUGAUCGCAGACACAUUUUCUCCCAUUUUAUCAGAGAGCUGGGCAUUUGGAAUCACGCAUUGUAUUGUGGUCAGUGUGGGGAAGUGCGCUACAUUGAAGUUUCGCAGGUGUGACUCGGAAGAGACAGCGCCACGCACACAAUGCUUUCAUGUGCGCAUACAGCUGCAGUACCAGCUCCUUUUUGCCUUGUAGUCUCUUAUUGAGGGUGUUGAGAUGGUCAGUGAGAUCAACUAAAAAAGCCAACCAUAAAAGGUCAGUGAUCUCACGGAGAGGUCUACCCUUUUCAUUCAAAAACGUGUUGAUAUUUGAUCCCAGGGAAUAGUACCGCUGCAGCACGGAGCUGCGACUGAGCCAGCGCACCUCAGAAUGUAGACUAGCUCCCCGUAUUCAGCCUCCACAUCAGAGAGGAACUUUCUGUGGUAAAGCCUUCGUGCCUGAAUUAUGUUGACAGUUUUCACAACUGCGUUCAACUAGAAGUGCAAUACAGUGGAAAUAGUCCAUUAUAUUGGACUCUCGCUAAUGAAGCUCUGGACACGCGUUCUUCUUAGGGUUUUAUUAUGAACCAGGAAAACAAGCUACUGUGGGCCGUAGCCUGCGCUGAAAAGCAGACCAUCAGUUUUAAUCACCAGAACUCCAACCAUGCUCCCGCGUUCCGUUACUCCAACUCACCCCUAAACAUCACAACAGCACAUUCCCAUAGGCUGCACUAAGAUGAUUUAUAUCCCCUCGUGAGCCAUUCACUGACCUUAUAAACUCAGUAAAUGUGAAACCUCGCUCACAGAACAUGUCAGUGCGUUAGCAAAAUGUUUACAAUUGUAAUGAAAAUAUCACUUUUUGAAUUCCAGUAACAUAAACUAUUAUUAUUAUUAUUUUUAAUAAUAUUAUCAUAAUAUGUUAUCUGAAUCAUCAACAAACUUCCUCAUCAGUGGACAGGUGAUGAACAUAGAACUUUGAUCUUGGUGUCGAGUAAUGAAUAUCUUUUGCUCUCAUUUAUUGUGAGUCUGUAGAUAUUAUUUUUUUUUUCAGUUUCCUCACAGAAAUGAAGGCUUUUACAGGGCAAGGUCAACAAUUAGUUAUUUAUUAUUAUUGAAGAAAUAUAAUUAUAAUUGGGAUCAUUGUUGUUCUCAUCAUAUGAUGUAUCUAUGCCUUUUAUGUGAAAUAAAUUUGAAUUCAUAUUUUUAUCACCAUCAUGUGAGACACUUGUUCCUUUUCUCCCCUCGAUAUGAGGCGUGAUUGUGACAUCACUUGGCCUGCUGAGGUCGCACCGACUCAUGUACUACGUUAACCCGGUCCAUUCAUGACACCUGUGUAUUUUCCCAUCAAUAAAAUGUUUGUUGGACCGCCGAAAUCCCACACCAAGCA